AUGUAUAUAAUGAACGGGGUUCCCUUGAGAGCAUUGGUCACCAUCGUGACGGUGUUGCUAACCGCACCUAUCCUAGCUCGGAAUGCCUCGAAAUACCAUAAUCCAAUAAUUUGGUUAUUUCACCCGGAUCCUACAUGCACGUUCGUGGAAGAGCUAGACAGUACGUUCUUCUGCACCUUCUCUAGCUUCAUCACUUUCCCUGGGCUACAAAUAUAUGCCAGCCGGGAUCUAUGGGAUAACUUCAUUAUAACAACUUCUAACCCUUACGAUUCUGCUGCGUGGUCUGAUCCAGUCCACUUCGACUUCCCGGGAAUUGAUCCCUCGCCAUUCUGGGAUGACGACGGGAAGACGUAUCUUACUGGGUCGUUCGAGGGGAAGACCAUAUUGCAAGCACCGCUCGACUUCGAGACUGGCGAGGUUCUAGGUCCGCUCGUAAGCAUCUGGAACGGGACAGGCCUACCAUCCCCCGAGGCUCCUCACGUUUACAAGAAGGAUGGAUGGUAUUACCUUUUGACGGCCGAAGGCGGCACCCGAGAGCGCCAUCGCUCCAACAUGGCCCGGUCGCGCAAUCUCUUUGGCCCAUACGAAGGCGAUCCUGCCAAUCCCAUUCUAAGUGUCGGCCACUCCGAUAUCUUCCCGGACGCCCAGGCUGUUCUGACGCCCGUGGUAUGGCUGUCAGGCGCCUGGCCAACUUACAAGUAUGUAUCCGGCACCAUGACCGGCGGUUUCGCACUCCCCAUGGAUCUCAACCCUCUCACGAUCCCCGCAGGCGGCGAAGGCGGUCUCAGCGAAGCAGACGACAAAAUCGAUUUCGCCCCCGGCAGUGCCUUGACACCCCACCUUUUCCACUGGCGUCUCCCAGUCACAAAGAACUAUGCCAUCUCGCUUGAAAACCACACGAACAGCAUGAUGCUCCGAUCUUCGGUGCUGAACCUCACCUCCUUCGACGGCGACUCCACGCGCGGCCUGGGACAGACGUUUGUCGCGAGAUGCCAGUCGCACACGCGGUUCCGCUUCAGCGUCGACGUCGAGGGGGAUGGCCUCCUCACGCGGGAGCAGAACGAGGUUGGUGUCACUGUGCUGCAGGACCAGGCUCAGCACUUCGAUCUCGGCGUCGUGAUGCUGAAAACGAACGGCUCGGGGGAUCUUGCCCCGCAUAUCCGCUUCCGUGGGAUAUGCACUACGACCUACCGCCUGCCCGAGCGCUUCAAGUACGUGGACGAAGUUCUCCCGCCGCCAGAGGGCUCGAUGAGGCAAAAAGUGCGACUUCAGGUCGAGGCGGUGAAUACGACGCACUACGCUUUCUCUGCGGGAUUGGGUGGAUGUGAGGAGGAUACGCCUAUGGAGAUUUAUGGGUACACGAGGGGCAAUUAUUUGAUACCGUACUAUUCUGGCGUCGUUGUGGGCGCUUAUGCAACGAGCAAUGGGAAGUUUGGAGAAGGCACUUUCAAGACUUAUGUUUCGAGGUGGCGGUAUAGGGGGCUGAAGCAGUUCGUCGAGGAUUUCACUGGAGAAGAGAGGUUCAUAUUAUAA